AUGAGAAAAAUAUAAAAUUUGAGAAUAAUUGUUAUUUAAUUAAUUAAUAAAUGGAAUUUCUCAGCGAUCUUGAUUUUUUACCAGGAAGCAUUAAUCCAAAGUUGA